UGCGCAGAGAGCGGAAAAACAGAAAUAUGAUUCAUUGCGUUCAUCAGGCUCAACGCUUAUUUAUGUCCUACUGCUGCGUCAUUUAGUAAAACAAGUUAAGUUUUAUCAAGAUCACAUCAGAAGCGCGGAAGUUUGCUGUCGUGUUUAUGUUUGCUAUGUUUGCUUAUUUUUCGGUGCUUAACUUUGUAGUGUGACAGUGAUGUCCGAUGGCAGUGAAUCCCGGAGAUGCUGAUGAGCUGCCGUCUAUGCUCUGGGGUCUGGACCCCGUCUUCUCAGCGUACUCGAGACUCUACAUCACUGACAUCCUACAGAUGAAAGAGUCCACACAAGUACCUGGUGUUUAUUUCUACAAGACUCACCCAAUCUUCAAGGUGGAUGUACUGGGGACGGUUGUUUACAAGCGAGAGAGAGAAGAUUUCUACUGCUAUGGGGUGGAUGAUAGUACUGGUGUCAUAAAUUGUCUUUGUUGGAAAGAUGAGAAAUCUAGCGAUCAAGGAGGAUCAACUAAAUCCAGUGACCCUAGCGGAUCCUCCAGAGGAUUUAACAUUGAAGAUGAACUCAGACGUCUGAAGGAGGCUGAACAGAAGAGCACUGUGCUGGAGAUCGGAGACCUGCUGAGGGUACGAGGAACCGUCAAAACCUCCAGGGAUGCGAGGGAGAUCAGCGCCACCUCCUUCUACAAAGUAAAUGACCCUGCGAUGGCGGUGCAGAUCUCACGUAUGUUGGAAAUGCCUCAGCUGUACAGAAAGUGCUAUGAUCAGCCGUCCCAGAAGCCAGGAGAUGACCUGGGCGGCACAGAAGCAGGUGGUUCCUCACGUUUCCACUAUUUGCUAUCUCGGUCCGUUCUCACCCUUAAGGAGUUCUUCUUAGAGAAAGAGGUUGCCAGGUUUCGUCCAUAUGAUGUUGAGUUCCUCUUACAUCCGCUGAUCCAGAGUCCUUCAGCAGAACAGGAGUCAGAUCAGCCCGGGACGUCAUUUGCCACACAAAUUCGAAACCUUCUGAAAGAGACUCUAAGCGUUCUCCAGGAGGAGGGACAAAUAUUCCGGAAAAUACGGGCACAGGAUGAAGUCUACAAUGUAACAGAGCAAGACAAAGAUCUUCACACAGCGAUUAAGGAUGUUUUACGAGAGGAUACCAAAAGGGAAAAAUAUGCUGAGAAAGGAUGCCAUGUCCUGCAUAUUUUGUCCAGCUUGAGGCAGCGCUACAGCCAAAAUCUGAGUCGAGAGGUGCUGGAGAUUGCCCUGACAUUUUUAGAAUGCAAUAGUGACAUAAUAAGCACAAAAGAAUCACACUAUACUGUUUUGUAGCAUCGUUUUUUUUUUUUGUUGUUUUUUUUAAACAUAAAAUAUAAUCAAAUUGUUAAAAACAAUCAUGAAGACCUGUUUUAUUUAAAUC